AUGUCCGAAUCGCCGGGCGGUCCGGAGCCGGGGAUGGGGUCGCCGGCUCCGGCUUUUAUUUCGCUCGGCAUGGUUGUGAUUGAUGAGCUCCGCUUUCCGGACGGGAGAGUUCUUCGCGACGUUCCCGGCGGUUCUGGGUUUUAUGGUGAGUGGAAGCUGUGGCAGCCGGACUUUGAGCCUCACCUAUUACAGCAGAUUGCGGGAUGGGGUGUCACCGUUCAUUAUGACGAGACGCCGGAUAGGCUGUCAACGAGAGGUCUUUUGGAAUAUGAGAAUGAUGCCUUUGGAACCCGGCUUCCCGAACCUCUUCUUCGAUCCUCAGUAAUUCACACCCUAGCGACGCCAGAAGACCUUGAGCGCCAUGUGGAAACUCUUACGAACCUCCGCGGUCAAAUGGAAAACCCAAGUUCCCUAAUCGCAUGGGAACCAUCGCCUCUCAACGUUCACAACCGGAAAGCCGAGCACUUGAGAGCCCUCCACCUCUCAGAUAUCUGUUCUCCAAAUGACCACGAACUCCUCCGUAUGAAAGGCAUAGACGAGAUUCCGGGAGUCCCUUACAACAGAACACUGAUAGAACGCCAUGCUAUCAACCUCUCCGGUGGGAUCAAGGCAUCGGGGCAUUCUGCAUUGCUGGAGGAAGUGCGGAACAGACCGCGGGUCACGGUCAUCAGGUGCGGCGAACAGGGCUGUCUCACGAUUCCCCGGGGCGGCAACCCGAUAUGGCUGCCCCCUUUCUACGACCAUGACUCUUCGAAAGUCCAAGACCCCACAGGUGCCGGGAAUGCGUUCCUCGGAGCAUUUGCAGUUGCUUUCGCGAGAACAGAUGACGCGGUGCUUGCGUCCGCGUAUGGGUCUGUGGCGGCCGGCUUCGUUAUCGAGCAGAUUGGUCCGCCUCGGAGAGAGGUCAUCGACGGCAGAGAGUGCUGGAAUGGGGAGGCGUUUGAGGACAGGUUGAGGACAUAUCUGGACAAGGUCGCGACAUGGUCGACCGAUGGAGUACUGCAAAGCAAGUAG